AUGGUUUCCUGUUCGGUGCCGCCUCUUCAGCGUACCAAAUUGAAGGAGCUUGGAAUGUCGAUGUUCUGUCACUACGUUCAUCCCAUAUUUUCCAAGAACGGAGAUUUCCCAGAAGUAGUUAAAAGGAGAGUGGCUGCAAAAAGUUUAGAGCAAGGUUUCUUUAGAUCUCGUUUGCCUGAACUUACAAAAGAAGAAGUUAACUACUUGCGAGGUACAGCUGAUAUGUUAGGAUUAAACCACUACAUAACAAAUUUAGCAUAUAAAAAUAAAUCAGCAAUAUUUAGCACGGAUGGUCCAUCCUGGAGGAAUGACCACGAAGUUAUAACAUUCCAACUCGACGAAUGGAAAAUUGGUGACUCUAACAGGACUAGGCUCGUACCAUGGGGUUUUUACAAAAUGCUAAAUAGAAUAAAAGCUGAUUUUGGUAACCCUCCGAUAUUUGUCACUGAGAAUGGGUUCUCGAGCCAUGGUGGCUUAUACGAUGACGAUAGAGUAAUUUACUAUAAAUCCUACCUCCAUGCUAUGUUGGACGCAAUUGAUGAUGGUGUCAACGUCGUAGCCUACUCCGCGUGGAGUCUCAUGGAUAACUUUGAAUGGAUACAGGGAUUUACAGAACGCUUUGGACUUUACGAGGUUGAUUUCAACAGCACUUUACGAAUACGGACGCCACGAAAGUCCGCGUAUGUUUACAAAGAAAUUGUGCGCACGAGGUAUCUCGACUUGUCUUUUGAGCCAGAUUUGGCCCAGCCUAUGAUGAUUGAUCAAGGGCAUUAA